GGCCUCCGCGUGUCGCUGUUCUCACGCUUUCACCGCCGUGGGGAGACACGCGGAUCCGAGCGCGUGCGUGAUUUGUUGUCAUCCAGGUCCGGAGCCGCUUCGCUUCGGAUGAGAGUUCUGGAGCUGGGAUCCCGGUUUUUCCCCGCAGUGGCCCCCGGUUCCCGGAGCUCUUCUCCCCGGUUCCCGGAGCUCCUCCAGGCUCCGUCCCGCCAGCGGCGCCUCUGCUCGGCUCUCCCCGCCCCUCCUGCGCCCGUCGCCGGCUGCGCUGAGCGCGUCUCCCCGCUGGAGCCAUGGAGGAAAAGACGGAGCUUCCCCGAGAGCUGCUGGAGAGUGUGCGGGAGGCCGUGGGUCGGAAGGUGAAGCUGGCUCUGAGGCGUCGAGUCCAGCUGGAGGUCAAAGGUGACAAACUGGAGAACCGAGUGCUGGCUCUGGCGUCUCAUCGAGCCUUCCUGCUGACGACCCGGGUCCCCUCAAAGGUGGAACAUUCCUUCAACUACCUGGAAAUCCAGGGAAUCAGCAGCAGCAAGCCCACCCAGCUGCUGCUGGAGUGUGAUCGGGCUCCCUGCAGCCUCCGGUUCGGCUCGGUGGACGAGGUGGACGAGGUGAUCGCUCACAUCGGGAUCUGUCUGCAGAGGAUCAGUCCGUCUGGCUCCCUGCUAAAGAUGAUGAGGAAGCUGACUCUUCAUCCUCCAGAACGCUCCUCGUCUCUUCAGGCUCUCUGGGACGAGCAGGGAUCAGCUGAUCCGGGACCCUGCGGCGGGUUCUCCCAUCAGUACUGGUGUGUGUGUGAUUUCCUCGGCCUGCCGUUCAGAGAAGAGGUUCAGUGGGACGUGGACACCAUCUACCUCAGCCAGGACACCCGGGAGCUCAACCUGCAGGACUUCGUCCACCUGGAGAACCGGGACCUGGUAGCCAUCAUCGCCGCGCUGGAGUUCAACCCGUGGUUCACCAAGCUGUCCAGCAGGGACUACAAACUGUCGACGGACGUCUGUGACCAGAUCCUCAGAGUCGUGUCCCGAUCCAGUCGGCUGGAGGAAAUCCUGCUGGACAACGGAGGACUGAAGAGUGACUUUGCUCAGAAGCUGGCGGCGGCGCUGUCUCAGAACGCCGCCUCCUCGCUGCACACACUGCACCUGAGCAACAACUCGCUGGAGGACAAAGGUGUCUCAGCUCUCAGCUCUCAGUUGUCCAAACUGCCGAUGGGCCUGAAGCAGCUCCACCUGUCCAGAACGUCCCUGUCCCCCAAAGGUGUGAACAGCGUGUGUCAGGCUCUGUGUGUGAACCCGGCGGUGUCCUCCACCCUCACACACCUGGACCUGUCCGGGAACUCUCUCAGAGGAGACGACCUGCAGAACCUGCACAGCUUCCUGAGUCACCCCAACUGUGUGGAACACCUGGACCUGUCCAGCAGCGACUGCUCCCUGGAGCAGGUGUGUGCGUCUCUGCUCAGAGGGUCUCUGAAGUGUCUCUCAGUCCUCAACAUGUCCAGAACCGUCUUCUCUCACAGGAAGCUGAAGGACAUCCCUCCGUCCUUCAAGCAGUUCUUCAGCUGUGCUCAGGCUCUGUCCUCCGUCAGUCUGUCCGGAACCAAACUUCCUCUGGAGGCUCUGAAGUCUUUGUUACUGGGACUCGGCUGCAACCCGAGUCUGAGCGACGUGUCUCUGGACCUGAGCUGCUGCGAGCUUCGCUCUGGAGGUUCUCAGAUUCUGGAGUCCUGCAUCGCUGAGAUUCCAAACGUCUCCAGUCUGGACGUCUCCGACAACGGUUUGGACCUGGACCUGACCACCCUUCUGGACUGGCUGGCUAAGAACCGAUCCAUCCGGCACCUCUCACUGGGCAAGAACUUCAACAACAUCAAGUCCAAAAACUUGUCUUCAGUCCUGGACCACCUGGUCCAGAUGAUCCAGGAGGAGGAGUCGCCGCUCACCUCGCUCUCGCUGGCCGACUCCAAGCUGAAGGACGGUCUGUCCAUCGUCCUCAACGCGCUGGGCAGCAACGCGUCCCUCACCAGGCUGGACAUCAGCGGCAACGCCAUGGGGGACAUGGGGGCCAAGAUGCUGGCCAAGGCCCUGCAGAUCAACACCAAGCUCAGGACUCUGCUGUGGGACCGGAACAGCGUCAGUCCUCAGGGUCUGCAGGACGUGGCCGCCGCUCUAGAGAAGAACCACACCAUCCGCUUCAUGCCCGUCCCCAUUGUGGACGCCGCCCAGGCUCUCAAGGCGCACCCGGAGAAGACGGAGGACGCCCUGCUGAAGAUGGAGCAGUUCCUGCUGAGGAACCACGAGACGAGGAAGUACCUGCAGGAGCAGGCGUACCGGCUGCAGCAGGGCAUCGUGACCAGCACCACGCAGCAGAUGAUGGACACCAUGUGUGUGAGGGUGCAGGACCACCUCAACUCGCUGAGGUUCGCCCAGACCGGCGCGGUGCAGGAGGACCUGAAGGCGGCGCAGAACCUCAUGGCGGACGCCAAGAACUCCAAGACACUGCUGCCCAACCUGUACCACCUGAAGAGCAGCCCGUCCCGAGGCCCCUGUGUGGCCGCCAUCCAGGACAAGCUGCAGUCCAUGGCAGGAGAGGUGGGCCGGGUGAUGGACGAGCAGCUGCAGACCAUGCUGGUGUCCAUGCUGGACGCCGCUCAGAGCCUGUGUCCUCAUGUGAUGAAGAGGACCGGCCUCCGUCAGGAGCUGCAGGAGGCGGCGGCCGGGCGGAUGACCAUCCCCCGCAGCUUCACCUCCUCCACCCUGCUGGAGCAGUCCGGGGUCGACAUCGUCAACAAGAUCAGUGAAGUCAAACUGUCCAUCGCAUCGUUUCUGUCCGACCGCAUCGUGGACGAGAUCCUGGAGUCUCUGUCCAGAUCGCAGCACACUCUGGCCGACCAUCUGAUCCGGAAGGACCAGCCCCUGCUCCGGCCGGAACCCCCAGCGGAACCCGAGGUCCUGGACGAGACGGUCCUGCGGCCAGAGGUCCGGGACGAGGUCGAGAGGCCACCGGGGGGCCCGGGUCUGGAGGACCCCGGCUCCUGCAUGAUGACCCCUAAAUCCAAGAGGAAGAGCAUCCUGGUCCGGAUGCUGCGGCCCGUCUCCGUGGCCUUCGAGAUGGAGUUCGACCUGGACAAAGCCCUGGAGGAGGUUCCCAUCCACGUGGAGGACCCGCCUCCCCCGCCUCCCCCUCCGGCCUCUGUCCCGUCAGAGCAGAUGUCGGGCAGAGGGGGCGGAGCCCUGUCCCCGCCCCCUCCGCCCGUCCUGAGCGAGCUGCCGCCGGCGGAGCUCCGGCCGCUGCAGCACCGCACCAAGCAGCGGCCCAGACCGGCCAGGAGGACCAGACCCGGCCGGCCGGCCGCCGGCGCCCCGCACCCGGCCCAGCAGAGCGGCAUCAUGGGAAAACUGGACGAAGGCCUGGACGACUUCUUCACCAAGAGAGUGAUCAAGCUCAGCUGCAGACGUCCUCCAGUCAAAGGUCCGUCCAGCAGCUCGCAGGAAGCGGAGGACAGGAAGCGCGACUCCAGGAAGAGCGGCUUCUUCAACCUCAUCAAAUCCCGAACGUCGCGCUCAGAGAAGAGUCACGGAGCCGCCGCCGUCACUCCGCCCGCCACCGCCGUCACUCCGCCCGCCACCGCCGUCUCUGUGCCUGCCUCCUCCGUCACUCCGCCCACCUCCUCCCCCGUCAGCGCCGACCAGACGCCUCCUGCUGCUGAGCUCCAUCAGGCGCCAUCCUCCAGCCACGGAGACUCUGAGGCCGAGGCGUAUCCAAUCAGCUCCGAGCAUGCCGAGGAGGAGAAGGAAGAGGUGGAGGCGGGGCAGCAGCAGGAGGAGGAGGAGGAGAUGGAGAACCCCGACAGGAAGGAGAACCCGGUGGUACCCCGUCACAUCGGGGUUCCGGUCAUGGGGAUGGACCUGCUGGCAGAGAUGAAGGCCCGGCAGGAGAGGAUGGCUGAGAAGAAGGCUGGAUCGUCCCCAGCAGACCGAGGCGACUCCGGCAGAGAUUGUGAAGAGUCCAGACCGGAGCCCGCCCCCAGAUCCAGACCGCCACCCGUGAUGUCCCGUGGCUCUGCGCCCCUCAGCCCGACUGGCCCUGGCCCCGAACCCGGACCCGGACCUGGACCCGGACCUGAGCCGCCGGAGGCACCCAGAGGCCCGCUGCCAGCUCCCCGCCUGAAGAGGGCGCCGUCGGAGCCGGAGAGCCCCGGCAGGAGCCCCGCAGGCCCCCCGUCUCCGCUGGACGUAGAUCCCCAGACUGAAGCGUUGGAUCCACUCGGUGCGGGAAUCGAACACGGCGUUGGCGGCAGGCAGUGGUCCUCUCUGAAGAGCUCGUCCACUUCUCCUCCGUCCAGGACGGACGACCGGGAACGAGCCAAGUCCCUCCCUGCCAACGCGAGGCCUCCCUCUGUGGGCGACGCUGACCUCGGUCCGUCUGAAGACCGGUUCCUGAACCAGGAAGCCGCCGGCGACCGAUCGGAGGAGGAGGACUCGACUGACGACGCCGCUUCAGCCUGAUCCGGAUCCAGAACUCGGAACCCGGAACCCGGAGCUGCAGGACGGCAGCAGAAACAAUCAGAGAACUGUUUUAUAUCCUGCUAACAUUCCUUUAAUUACACAGAAACGUGAAUUUUC